AUGGCCUUUGUCGUCGCUCCUAGCAAGCCUCCCAUUCGCCGACGCCAGCCAAUACAUGGGUCUCUUCAACGUCACAAACAACGCUUGGUGUCGAUAAACAGUUCGACUGCUGGAUACUGGGACGAGACGGGUCAGUUUAAGAAUCUGAGUUUGAUCAGUCGUGAGCCGAUGCAGGUUUGGGUCGAUUACGAUGGUCUUUCAUCAAAUCGAUGUGACGAUGGCUCUGGUCAACGAGGAUAA